AUGAUAUCUUGGAUUGAAACCGCCGCCUCUGCGCCUGCGAAAUCCUCCGUAGUGGAACCACCGUGGAAGAAGAGGAAACUACCGAAUCCAUCUCCUCCUCCGUCGUUUUUGUCUCUUCCCGAUGUGCUCAUCCAAAACUGUUUAGCCCGCGUAUCGAAAUCGUACUACCCGAAUCUCUCCUUAGUCUCCAAGACAAUCCGCUCUCUCGUCUUAUCCCUCGAUCUCAACCACGCGCGAUUCCACCACAAAACACAAGAAGCCUUCUUCCAUGUCUGCUUACAGUUUCCCGAUCGUCCUCUCCCUUCAUGGUUCACUCUCUGGAUCAAACCUGACCAGAUCGACGAUAACGAGAAGAAGAAGAAGUCGAUCUUGGUACAAGUGCCCUCUUCGUAUGCUAAUCAAGAACCAUUGUUCGUCGUUACGGUUGGUUCAGAGAUCUAUGCACUCAGACAACAACACCUUCCGUCACACGUCAUGUUGGUCCGUAAUAAGGAGUGUGCCUUCUGGCGCAAGGCACCUAAAAUUACUGUACCUCGAGCGAAUCCCGCUGCGUGCGUGCUCGAUGGGAAAAUAUACGUAAUGGGAGGUUCCACUGCUGAAAAUUGUUGGGGUGAAGUUUUCGACACAAAGACUCAGAAGUGGGAAGCUUUACCUGACCCUGGUGCGGAGCUACGCUUCUCUUCCAUCAUUAGAAAGAUAGAGAAUAUACAAGGGAAGAUUUACGUUAGGAGCAACGAGAAGAAUGACUCUGUUUAUGAUCCGAAGCUAGGUAAAUGGAACGUUACACCGAAAGCGCUCGUUGGUGAGAGUAGGUGUAUGAUAGGUAAUCUGUAUUACUCUUGUCGUGCGAAAACUUGCUUGUGGUAUGACACAGUGUCUAACGAGUGGAAACCGGUGAAGGGUUUGUCUUCCUUGAAUAGGACGUGUCGUCGUGGGUUGAUUGAAACAGUUUGCUACGGUGGGAAGCUGUUAAUCUUGUGGGACAAGUUUGCCAAGGCUCGUCGUAGUUGUAAAGAAAAGAGUAUUUGCUGUGCGUUGGUUGCGCUUGAGAGGCGCAAGAAUGGUCAAGUUUGGGGGAAGGUCGAGUGGUCUAGUGUUGUGCUUACGCUUCCCAGCUCAUACGCUUUCUUGCGUUCUUCAUUGAUAUUGGUUUGA